AUGCGGCCUGGGCAGAAAAAAAUCGAUGUGUUCCAGCGCUGCUCGCUGCAGGGGCGGGCUCGUGGCGACACUCCGUUGCACGAUGCCGCCAGUAUAGGUAAACUCGAUGUGUGUCAAGCGCUGCUCGCUGCAGGGGCGGAUUGCAACAUCAAGAAUGAGCGUGGCUACAGUCCGGUGCACUAUGCCGCCCAGAGAGGUAAACUCGAGGUGUGUCAAGCGUUGCUCGCAGCAGGGGCGGACUGUAACAUCAAGAAUACGGGCCAGGCCCAGGAUGCCACGCGGGACCAGUCCCAGGAUGCCACGCAGGCCACGACUGAUGAGGGCGACGUGCAGCAUGCUGGCCAGCGCAACUUGGAGCUGGAGGACGACGACAACGAGCCCCAGACCCUGGACAUCAUUGCUGACGACAGCUGGCAAUAA